GAAAAAGAAAGGAAUUGAAUAUAUCAGAAAUGGGAAGAGCUCCAUGUUGUUCUAAAGAUGGGUUGAAGAAAGGGCCUUGGUCUACUAAAGAAGACUCAUUGCUCACCACUUACAUUCAACAGCAUGGUGAAGGUCACUGGAGAUCUCUGCCCAAGAAUGCUGGGUUGCUUAGAUGUGGGAAGAGUUGCAGGCUGAGAUGGAUGAAUUACUUGAGGCCAGGGAUCAAGAGAGGAAACUUCGCCCCUGAAGAAGAUGAUCUCAUAGUACGGCUCCACUCCCUUCUCGGGAACCGGUGGUCGCUCAUUGCCGGUCGGUUGCCCGGUCGGACCGAUAACGAGAUCAAGAACUACUGGAACACUCACCUCCUCAAGAAGCUCAAGAGUGAAGGGAUCCAACCCAAACCGGCUAGAACUUCCAGAGCAAUCCCCAAGAACAAGAAUACAGCCAAACCGGACAAAACCGGAAGGGAUGAGAAGAAAAAAAAGCACAGGCACGUGAGUAAACCGGACGUCGAAAACGGAGUCAAAGAUCGACCGAAGAUGAUCAAGGUAUAUGCACCGAGACCGGUCCGAGUCUCGACCGGGUUAGCAAGAAACUACAGCUCUGAUAAUCUGGCAGUGGUCAGCGCAUCGCACGGAUCAAUAGCUAGUAAUAAUAAUAAUAAUAACACAGUAGAAGGGACGUCGUUUGUUCCAUGGAACAUGUACGAGGUGGGAGACGAUUUGUUUAAUGAUUUUAUGGACGGCUGCGAUCUCUCGGCCAAUUAUUUACUCCCCGACCCGGAUGACGCUUUGCUGGAGAAGGUAUAUGAUGAGUAUCUUGAACUUCUCUCGGAGGAUUCGUAUCUUCAAACAUGUUUGCCUUCCUGAAUAUUAUUAUUAUUAUUGAAGAGAAUUUUAAUUUAUUUGUAAAUAAUUCUGUUUCAGUUUAGGAAAACGAAUUCUCAACUACUCUUUUUUUUUUACUUAGUUUUUGUAUGGGGCAAUGACGAUUGACGAAAGUGUCCAAUGUUAAUAAAUGA